CUGUAGUUAUCAGUGUUGCCAACUAACAGAAAAGUUGCGCAGUGUCAUAUCUUUCACAAAAUAUGAAAAAAUGUAUUGAAAUUAAAACAUAUAUAUACAUAAGCUAAUUAUAUGUUUGGAUUAAGUAAAAAUCAUAAAUGAUAUGUUGAAUAAUGAAUUUCUUAUUAAAUUAUAUGUAAUUUGACUAAUUUUAUAUUUAUUAUGUUUAAAAUUAAUAUUCGAAUUAUAAUUUCAAAUGUUUUAAGUUGUCAUUAACAAUUGAUUUUGGAGGUUUCUACAUGCAAUAUUACAUGAAUGAAAAUAAAUAAGCUACUAUUAGUGUCUUCAAAAUAGAGGUUAUAUUGACGCUGCUAAUAUUUACAAUAACUUUUCAUUAUAAAUAUUGUGAACUAAUACGUGUUAUCUUAUAUCAGUAUUUCAAUACAAACAAGUGAUCAAUUUGAUAUAAGCUAUGAAAAUCAGCUCGGUAUGAACAAUUUUCAUCAUUGAUAAUACAUGUGUCAAGAAAAAAAUUAUUUCAUAUGAUAAUGAUACAUUUAAUAAUAUACUUUACAUAUAGAAAAUAUAAUAUAAUAAAUUAAAUCUUAUUAGUAAUUUGUGUAAUAGUAUUAACUAAUUUGAAAGACUUGAAUUAUAUAUACCAUUAUAAUCAUAAAUAUAAAAUAAAAUAAUUUAUAAACAUGUUUAGCACUUUGCGUAACAAGUUUCAAACAGUUCAAGAGGGUAUAUCUGCUAGUAUUAGAGGAUUAACUGUUGUUGAAAAUCCAAAACAAAAAAAGACUGGCAACAUCAGAAAUGUUAAUUACAAUGCAGGAGCUGAUAUCUUACAUAGAUUUCAAUUGCAAUGGAAUGAACUACAUGAGCUAGCAGAAGAAAAUGCGGGUAAAGCUCAAGAAGCUGAUAAACUCAUUGGAACUAUUUAUGAAAAACUUGAACAAGAAUGGAAAAAUAUUACGCGUUUAAAUAGUACUUUAGCUUAUAUUCCGAAAAUCAACAAUGCAAUACAGGAUCUUAUGGAUCAAAUAGGAACAUUACAAGAAAUGUUUGAGGAGGUAGAAGGUGCUAUAUAUCAAUUAGAAAAUUUAAAUGAAAUGUUAGAUUUGCAAAGUAGACAAUUGGAUCAUAGAUUUCAAUUAGCCUUAUAUAAGGAGAAAAAACUUGCAGAACUAAAUGUUAUUAAAGCAAAAUUGGCUGAUGAACAUAUUGAGAGAGUAUCAAAAUAUGAACUUAAACAGCAGAAAAUGAUGAAAGAAAGACGUGAAACAUUUGAUGAAGCUUUUAAAGAAGAGCUUAGGGAAUACAAAGCAACAGGAUCUAUAUCAAAAUUGCCAGUGACACAACAAGGGCCUUCAUUGGAUGAGAUAGUUUUGGAUGUAGAUUCAACAAUAUUUAAUGAAUUUCUAAAAAACUAACCCUUUUACUUUAUUAAGGAAAUAAUUCUGUUAAAAUCUAUUUAAAAUAUAAAAAUACAAGAAACAAUUAUAAAAUAUAUUAUAAAUUAAUUAUUAAAUAUAUUAUAAAAAUGUAAUAGACAAUUAUGUAAAAAUCUAUAUAAAUUGUACAAGAAUUAAAUAGUAACUAGAAAUGAUUUUUAUAUUCUUUAUUUAAAUGUUAUGAAAUACGAAAUAUAGAAAUAUAUCAAAUUUAUCAAUAUUCAAGUUGUUACCUCAUUUGAUUGACAAAAAGAUUGCAUAAUUAUAGGUUCGUCUAUUUUUCAACGCGUUAGACUCACGUCUCACAUCGAACGUGUAUUAGCCUUAGUAUUUAUUUGAGCAGAGAGCACCAAACGCGUUCCUAACCUUAUAUAAAAGGCUUAAUCUUUAGAAGAAAGAUAGAAGUCAAAAGCUUUUUAACUCUAUAAUACACUGUUAUCUUAUUUACUCUCGUAUAGAGUUUAUAUAUUUUAAAAACUCUUGAUACGGACAAAAAUAUCAAUAAAAAAUGUUGCCAAAAUAUGCGAAAAGGAGUUAUAUUUUAGAUAAACUUCACAGAGGAACUGUAACAGUAUUAAUGGGUAUAACAGUAGUUUCUGGAAUAGCUUUAGUGUAUAAAGGAUUUUGUUAUUAUCGAUAUAUUCGACCAGCGCUGCAAGAAAUGCAAAUGAAGAAAAAUGAAGAAUUAUUAGAAGAAGGAAAAUAUAUAGCAGCUGUUAAUUAAAGUAAAAAAGUAAAUUAGGAUAUGUAUGCAGAUCGUAAUAAAAUACUAAUUUAAAUAAAA